ACACACACACACACACACACACACACACACACACACACACACACUUACACUUCUGUUCCAUUCAUUGGUCUCUGUCCCUGGCUGGAAGCAGGAGUUAAGGCUGGCCUCGAAUGCCCCAUUCCGGUCUCACUCUAGCCCAAGAUCCCAGAGGCUGCUUCCCAGGAAGAAUCUUCAAGGAAGCAAGCCUUAGAGAAUACAGUGGCUGCAUGUGUAUGGCAGGGACAGCUUGGCAGAGCGUGUGUGUGCCUGGGGCUGUGAGGGCGUGUGUCUACAUCUCUGCAUUGGGCCUGUGUCUCCAGAUGUCUGUGGCGUCCGCGGCGGGGAAGUGACUGUGUGGCCUGUUAACAGUGUGAGAGGCUGCUCAUCAGUGCAGUGGGCUGGCGGUCAGAAGGCUCUGGCACUCUCCCCGUUACCUCCAACAAGCCAUUUAUAUUCUCUGGCUUUCAGUUCCCUCCACUGUACAAUGAGCAGCAUCUGAAAUUAUUUUUAAGGUUCUUCCAAACCUGAAGGAAUUUCUUCAUAGGAAUUUCUGUAGAGGUGGAUAAGGAGGUAUCUGUGUUGUCUUUUGAGUACAUCUGGUGGCUUCCUGAGUUGCACAUCAUUCAUUGCUUCCUCCUAUGGUGGAAAAGAGAGGAGGAAGUUCCUGUGGGACCUGUGUAUGCCUGAGUACAAUCGGAUCUUUUGGGAAAUGUGUGAGUGUGUGUCUGUGUGUGUCUGUGGAUGUGCACGUGUAUGUGAGUAUCUAUGGUGUGUGUAGCUGUGUGGGUGUCUGAGAGUCAGAAUAUAUGUACUACUGCUUCUGCUGCUGUUUCUCAGUGGUGGCAGGGGUGGGGGUGGUGGCUAGAAAAGCUGAGGAUGAAAAUCAAAAGGGAGAAGGUGACCAAGGCCCUCCCCUGGGCCUGGGCAGUAUAGAUCUGCCCCGUGCGAAGGAAAGCAAAAGCACAGAUAGCCCACGCCUGGUCAGGUCUAUGCCGCACAAACCCCGUAUCCCAGGGCCACUCCUCCAUGCUGACCUCCCCCACGUGCUGGCCAAUCCACUCUAAUAUAUACCACUCACAUGGUGCCAGCGUGCACAGGACACACACACAGCCCAGUUCCUGGCUGCCAGUCCUGGGAGGUGGGAGUUGGGAGGGGGCAAGGGCAGUGAGAAGAGAGAGUAAGGCUGCUGGCUUAGGAGGGGUAGCACCUCUCCCUGCACCACACCCAGGGACUGCCAGCUCCUGAGUGCUGAGGUGCAGCUCUCCACCCUCAACUCCUCCAACCCACGCCUAACUUCUCCAGUGCAGGGACCCCAGUUAGAUGAUGAGAAAAUGCCAAAGGGAGGCAAGGACGGAGAAGACACCUGCAGGACUCACACGGCCCGUACUGGUCCCCACCUGAGCCUGUUUCUCCCCCCGCCCCCCGCCCCGGUCAGCAUACCCACCCCCCGUCAUCUGGGCCCCAAAACCAAGCUUCCUACUACUACUACCACCACCACCCCCCGCCUCCUUGACUCACCCUUCGAGAACGUGGGUACCUCCUCUUUUCCAGUCAGGGCCCCCGCCAAGGCUCACUUAGACUGCUGCCUUUGCUGCUGACAUGCUGUGUGACUCUGGCCCACUGCUCAACCUCUCUGGCCCUGAGGAAUAAGGGAAAGGCUCCCUCCCCACAAGAUAUACCUAAUUCCCUGGCAGGCAAGGGCUUCUACCUGAGGCAGUGUAGCGGAGAGAAGUACGAAGCUGGCAGCCAGCACUUUCUGGGUCUAGGGAAAGUGCAUGGUUCCCUCCUUCCCUGUGAGGGAGGUUGGAGGGGAGGAAUCGAGGCCUUAGUUUGCCCCCUGCCACCCUUGCCCCUUGUAGAUACUGCCUUAACACUCCCUCUACCCUCAGCUCUGGCUGCCAGCCAGCCGUUUCUCCGUGCUCACUAAUUUAUUUCCAGGAAGGUGUGUGGAAGACAUGAGCCGUGUAUAAAAUUUUUUUUAACGUUUCCAUCGCAGUAUUGACCAUCAUCCUUGGUUGUGUAUCGUGUAACACAAAUAAUGAUAUUAAAAGCAUCAAACAAGCCAGCCUCAGCUCCCUACCUGGGGUGCGGGCAAGGGGCAGAUGGGCCGGGAAGGGCAGAGGACCGAUCCUCUGAAUGCGCAUUUCACCCUACCUCCACCUGUGGGUUCCCAGGCUCGGCCUGCCACCGACCAGCUGCAACGGCUCUGGAUGACUCAGUUGACCCCUCAGAAUCUCUGUUUCUCUUCAUCACAGUGAGAAGCUUCGCCUAGAAGAUCUCCAGGGACCUUGUGAACUCUUGGAAAUUGGGCUGUUUUGAGAGGCUUGAGGCAGGAAGAGACUGGGGUAGGGAGGAAAUCAGACCUCUUCACCUCUCCAGGGAUGGGGCUGAGCCAGGUGAUAUCAUAAUGGGCAUUGCCCAUCCUAGAGAGGGAAUCAGGGUGGGGUAGGAGCAAGAAGGCUGUGAGGGAGGGAAGCUGAGAGAUCCUCCACAGGAGGGGGGUCGCAGCAGCUGGGGCACCUGCUGAGCUGUCUGGGAAAGGGGAUUGGGUGGUCACUGAUGUAUUGCAGGAGCCCCUAGUAGGUAGAGCCCACCACGGCAUCCCCUAGACCCCACUAUGUUCCUCUUUUCCCAUAAGACUAAGACCCCCAUCAGCACCUACAGUGACUCCUACAGGGAUCCUACCUCCAUCAAGGAGGGCUAUAAGGACCCACCUCUGUGGGCCUGGGAAGCCAACAGGUUUGUGACUCCGGGCCUGACUCAGACUGUGCAGCGCCACGUGGAUCCUGAAGCCCAGCAGAAGACGGUCAAGUGUGCUGUGCAGGACUACAGCUAUAAGAGUUCCAUACCAGGCCACCCCUACUUGCCUGAGAAAUACUGGCUGUCUCAAGAGGAAGACAAAUGCAACCCAAACCACCUGUGCGGUAACCGGUAUAAUACAUGGAAGAUGGGACCUUACAACUGUACGGGCUGGAACAAAUGUGCCACAUACCUUCCUCGGCUGCCUAAGGAGGCCGGGAUGGAGACAGUAGUUCGAGGAAUGCCCUUGGUGUACCCUCCUAAGCCGGAGCGACUCAACGCCUACGAGCGCGAGGUAGUGGUGAACAUGCUGAACUCGCUGUCACGGAACCAGCCGCUGCCAGAGAUCACGCCCCGCUGCGGGUGUGUGGACCCGCUGCCGGGCCGCCUGCCCUUCCAGGGUUAUGAAAGCGCUUGCUCGGGCCGCCACUACUGUCUGCGCGGCAUGGACCACUGCGUCGCCGGGCCACCAUGCACCGAACGUCGCCUGCGGCUUUUGCGCACGGAGCGGCCGACUGCAAGGAGUGUAUCGCCCUGCAAGCACCGGCCGGGAAUGCAAUGUGCUGUUAUAACUCCCCCGCCGUCAUACUACCCUUGUCCGAACCUUAGAUGGGACACAAGUCACUUCAAGAAGACCGGUGGCCCCCAGAGAAACAACUACGUCGUCCACCCUGAGUUUGUGUCUGAGACCUAUCCUGACUACCAUCGCCGGUAGAGCCCGGGCUGGCCGGUCCAAGGGGGCUGAACAAUAAAUAAAUUCUUCAUCCUAAAGGCUGCCUCUCGUGUCCUUACCCAGCAGGAUCUGGCAAUGAGGAGCCAGUCACUCAGGCCUCUGC